AUGAAUUCACAAUUAAACAGAUGCGACCUGGUGCAUUUUUGGUAAACACUGCACGAGGUGGACUGGUCGAUGACGAGACUUUAGCUCUGGCUCUAAAACAAGGCAGAAUAAGAGCUGCAGCUUUAGACGUGCACGAAAACGAGCCCUACAAUGUAUUCCAAGGAGCCCUUAAAGACGCUCCAAAUCUUAUAUGUACACCACAUGCAGCCUUCUUCAGCGAUGCAUCCGCAACUGAGUUGCGAGAAAUGGCAGCAACGGAGAUACGACGGGCAAUAGUCGGCAAUAUUCCAGACGUCUUAAGGAAUUGUGUGAAUNACAGCAAAACAAUAAAUGGUAGCGACAAAAAAGCAAAGCCGCGCAAUGCAUUUGAUGAAGAUUGAUGUAAAGAAAUUAACUUCUUUCAAAUAAAAUUUGUUAGGUUUAUAAAGGUGCAGCAGUAGCGGAAACAAACGCAGAGCAUAUCUGUUUCCAUUUCCUUAAUAAUAAUAAAAAAAGUCAUGCAGUUGUACAAUACAUGAGCUUGGUAAUGUGUGUACAUAUGUACAAUACAUAGGUGUAUUUAUGUCCAUACUCAUUUACCCCCCUUCAUUAGCAUACGCCGUCUAUAUACAUACAUACGAAUUAAUGCAUACAUAUAUAAAGAAAAAAAUUGGCGCGAUAAAGGAGCAGUCAGGUUAAAGAGACAAGAAUACUAUUGAAGGCGGUUUGGUUAAAUGAUAAUUCAAUUUGUAAAAUUUUUGUGAGUGUUUGUGGCACGUAAUUUUUUAAUUGAUGUCUUCUACAUUUCAAAUUACAGUCUUGCUAUAGUGACUUCUUAAGGUCAUAAGGGAGUAAAAAUACCUGGCACAACACACUUUUACAAAGUAUUUUCCUUUUAUUUUUAUCUUGUAACAUCGAAAAAGACUGUAAAUAAAUAUUCCGUAGGCGUGCGAUGUUCUUAGCAUAUAUUUCACAAUAUUUUUAUUUUCAUCUUGUGUGCUGUUGGCUUAUCUCACACCUGUGGAGUUUUUAGAGUUUUUCGCAUUUCAUAUAUUAUAUACGCACAUACAUACAUAGUUCUACUUUUCGUUUAUUUUAUGUUAUACAGUUCAUGUAAAAGCAAAAGAUAUAAACACUUAGAUUAAUUGACAGUUACCCAUUACUCAUCGUAAACGUUUUACAAAAAAAAAUCUUUUUUUUUGUAAAUACCACGCGGAAAAAUGUAUGCUCAUAUUUGUAAAUUUAAGUGAGGAAUUCUAGUGAAGCACGGAUUUUAAUCUUUUAUCAAUUGAAUUGCAUAGUUUGCAAAAAUACUCUAAGAGAAACUGGACAAUGAAAGUAUAAUGCUGGAAUAUUAAUACAU